AAAACUGAUUUGUUUAUAAACAAAAAAACUAAAAUAAAAUAAAUAAAAGCAUACACCAUAUUAGUGAACUAGUGGUCUCCACCCAACCCCCUAAUUUCUCUCUCCUCUCUUUUUAUUUUAUUUUUUUUAACGAAAUUUUAUUUUAAAUUUUAUUUAAUAAUUUUCUCUCACUUCCCUUCUCUCCUUUAAAUCUCUCAACUCUUCCCCUCAUUCAUUCUUCAGGGCUCAAUGAUUCACCAUUCCCUCAUAAAAUCCUGAGCCCUUUUUAUUUUAUACAAAAUAAUAAAUAAAAAUAAAAAUUGAAAGAAAUUAACAAAUUUUGCAGCAUUAUUUACACUAAAACAAUGGCGUUUUCAUCACAAGACCUUAGCAAAGGCACAAAGCUAGAGAGGUACAAUAGCUACUUACGGCGCGUGAACCACACUAAGCUAUUAGCCGCCUCGUCGAAGCUGUUAUUCCGCGUUACUCUCCUGGUGGCGCUCCUCCUCGUAUUCUUCUUUACACUGAAUUACCCUAUUGGCGGUGGUAGUGGCGGCGAUGGUGAGAAUACGGCUAUUCACGCCACCAGCAAGUUCUUCCAAUCGGGUUUUUACGGGUCUGGCGCAGCUUGGGAGAAACAGGUGCGUCAGUCCUCCACCCCGCACCGCCCUAACGGAUUCUCGGUGCUCGUUACUGGCGCCGCUGGUUUUGUCGGUUCUCAUUGCGCCGUCGCCCUUAAAAAACGGGGCGACGGAGUACUUGGACUCGACAACUUUAACAGCUACUAUGACCCGUCACUUAAACGGGCCAGGCAGAAGUUACUGUCAAGAAACCAGAUCUUUAUAGUAGAAGCAGAUCUAAAUGACACCCCAAUGUUGAACAAGUUGUUUGACAUAGUCCCCUUCACCCAUGUGCUCCACCUUGCGGCCCAAGCCGGGGUCCGUUACGCUAUGAAGAACCCUCAAUCGUACGUUCAAUCGAACAUUGCCGGUUAUAUCAACCUCUUAGAGGUGGCUAAAGCCGCGGUUCCGCAACCGGCUAUAGUUUGGGCCUCGUCGAGUUCUGUUUAUGGGCUUAAUAAGGAUAAUCCGUUCUCGGAAACGGACCGGACUGAUCAACCCGCUAGCCUUUAUGCUGCCACUAAAAAGGCCGGGGAGGAGAUAGCCCAUACUUAUAAUCACAUUUAUGGGCUUUCCCUUACUGGGCUUAGGUUCUUUACUGUUUACGGGCCGUGGGGUAGGCCCGAUAUGGCUUACUUCUUUUUUACCAAGGACAUUUUGCAAGGGAAGCCCAUUAGCAUUUACAAGACCCAUGACGGGACCGAGGUGGCACGUGACUUCACGUACAUCGAUGAUAUCGUGAAGGGAUGCCUCGGGGCUCUCGACACGGCGGAGAAGAGUACCGGGAGUGGCGGCAAGAAGCGUGGGCCGGCCCAAUUGAGGGUUUACAACUUGGGAAACACUAGCCCUGUGGGAGUUGGAAGACUAGUGUCUAUCUUGGAAGGAUUGUUAAAUGUGAAAGCUAAGAAACAUGUGAUCACAAUGCCAAGGAAUGGAGAUGUGCCUUUCACCCAUGCUAAUGUUACCUUGGCCCGUAAAGAUUUCUCGUACAAGCCCACCACGGAUUUGGCUACCGGGCUAAGGAAGUUUGUCAAGUGGUAUGUCGGGUACUAUGGGGUCCAACCAAAAUUAAAAAAGGAAACUCCCUCUGAUACCGAAUGAUUAAUGAUUAAAAAAUCAUUAUCGUUGUCGUCGUCAUCAUGGUUAUACACUUCAAUAGUUCACAAUCAAGAACAUGGGUACCUCUUAUUUUUAUUUUUUUUACCAUUUAGAUUUUUUAUUCAAUUGCUUGGGGGAUGAAUGAUGUUGUACUAUAGAUAUAGAAACUUUUAAUUGUCCAUAUUAUAUAAGAUAAAUUAUUAUUA